CUAAUAAACAAAUCAAUCAAUCAAUCAAAUAGAUAAAUUAUUUGAUCUUAAGUGGAAAAAAAUGUCAACCUAUUUUUUUGUUCAACCGUUGAAAUUCGCUGAUUUCCUUUUUUAAUUAGGUGGAGUCCAGAGUAAUUAAUGGAGUUUGUUAUUAGAGGUUUACAUGUAGUUUUUAGUUGAUUGAAAGUAAUGGCAUGUGCUGUAAUUAAUUGCACGCAGCCUAGGGUCGAAUUGAAAAGUUAAAUUCCCUCUAUUGAAAUUCUUUUGAAUUUUCAUUUUUUUUGGAGGUCACCGGUUCCUGGAAGAACAAUCCGAUUAUUCCAGUGAUGACCACUGGAAUGAACUGUCGCUGGUGUCUGUCCAUGGCAUCAUGGAGGAUCUUGAAUGAGAGUUUUCGAUUUUGUCCAACGGUUUUCUGAGGAUUUCGACGGUUUCUGGGUUUAUUUGAGGCUUUUGUUUUGAUUAGAAAAUUUUUUUCGGCUCGUGAGGCCCUUGGGUUCGACAGGAGAUUGAAGGAUCCUCUGGGUGAUGAGAUGGAGGUUGAUGCAGAGCCUGAUCUGGAACAGCAAUGUGAUGAUGCAGUCUUCGAGCUGUGUGACACCAGAGAGAGAUAUCCCCAAAAAUGUGCCGAGGAGUUAGCUAAAACCUUACGACUGACAACACAAAUCAACAAAGCUCCAGUGAUAAUGAAGCCCUCAGGCCCCCUGAGACCCCUAGAAAUAACUGAUGAGCAACGAGAGCUCUUCCAGUCCAUCAUACCCAUCACAAAAGACCGGGCAGACGAUCAGAAAGCCUUGAAAACUGAUCUAGAAACAAUGUUGAAGACUGUCAAGGACUUGAAGACAGUCGUGGAGCAAGUGAGGAGCACAGAAGACUGUACUAUUGACAAUAUCCUCAAAAAAACAGAUAAAGAUCAACAUUGAUAAUACUCGAUGAUAAUUGAUUACUAAUUUUAAUUAAUCAAUAUUAAUAUGAUAAACAAUAAACUUAUUAUCAUUGAAUACGUGAUGAA